UGCAUCUAUUUUUGUGAUGAUUCCCAUCCAACCACUAACUGUUCUAAUACAUAAGGGGUGAGUGAUAUUCUCGACCAGCUUGUUUGUCCAUAACGACUUCAACAAGCUGCGCUGCCCUUCACUCCGCACAGUCGUGGAUACCUGUCGUCAUCAAUGCCAUGUUGGGUGGUGAGCUACUCGGCUAUAACACCUUUUACGUUGAGUUCACUGAAAUACUGCGCAAGUCAUCAUGAUGACUCGGAUAUAUGCCAUGUAUCGGCGAUCUAAAAAGAUGCUCAUCAUUCUCGUUGUACUCUUACUGGCUGCCACACUCGCCACCGCAGUGAUGACCGCAAUAGUAAACAUUGAUGUAUCAUGGGAGGAGUUGAUCCUUUCUGGCAUCUCUCGGUGUUUCGACUACACCAACCCAGCAGCUGUAUACCUGACUCACGAGACUUUGAUACCCACUCUUGUUUGGGAGAUGCUCGCCUUGUGUCUUGCACUCUGGAUUGUUAUAAAACACUUCUGUGAAGUGCGACAAAUGCCGACAGCAGGAGGCUCUUUCAUGGUGUUGAUAAAAGGUCACGUAGUGGACUUUGUAUGCUUUGCUGCUGUGUCCUGCUUCAACAUUGGUUCUCUGUCUCCGAUGCUCAUGGACGCAUCUUCCCCGGCAAGUAAUGUUUAUUUCGGCAUUCUUCAAAUUGUCCAGCCUAUUCAGAUGUUUGUGCUGGGCCCGCGUCUCAUCCUUGACAUUCGAGAAUAUCACGCUAAGCUUGUGGCUAGCUCUGACGAGGCUACUGGUAUGAGUACAAUUGCUUUUCAGGAGCGCGGACAGGUCUUAACUGGCGAUGGUGUGUAACAUGUGGAGGAUUGAAUUUAGUCUGGGAAAACCAACCCACCGAAGAGCGGGAACAGAAAGGAGAAAUUUAGUGCACCAACUCAUAUCUUCCUAUUACACAUUUCAGAGCAAUUUACUAUUGAUACUGUACAUCGACGCCAGUAUGUGUCACUGUUCCAUAUUUCAUUGA